UCCUUCCCCUCCUUUUCCGCACCAGGAGGACAGUUACUCUGCGCUUUCUUCCUCUGUUCUUCGGCCUCUUGCCCCAUAACAGACCUUUCCCCUUUUCUCUCUGCUGACUUCGCAGUGUGCGUCUGGGCGUUGGAGAGAGAAUUAAUCAGUGACAGGAAGCUGCCUCUCUCUAAGCAAGGGACCAGUUGCAAUCAGACAAGCCCCCCCCAAGACGGGUCCCAGGCGUCUCCCACCUCCCACCUGUACCUGCCAUGGAGCCGCUGAAGGUGCUGCUGCUCCUGUCGGGAGUCCUCGGGGCUCUUGCUGAGCUCUGUGUAUUACCACAGAUGGACAGCCAGCUGGUAGAGAAGCUGGGCCAGCAUCUCCUACCUUGGAUGGACCGGAUCGCCUCAGAGCAAUUGAACCCCAGCAUCUAUGUUGGCCUGCGCCUUUCCAGCCUGCAGGCUGGGACCAAGGAGGACCUAUACCUGCAUAGCCUCAAGCUCAGUUAUCAGCAGUGCCUCCUGGGGUCUGCCUCCAGCAAUGGCAACAGUGAUUGCCAGGCCAAGCCUUCCGCAGGCCACCUGGCCCUCUACCUGCUUGCUCUCCGGGCCAACUGCGAGUUCAUUGGGAGCCGAAAGGGCGACAGGCUGGUUUCACAGCUCAAGUGGUUCUUGGAGGACGAGAAGGAGGCCAUUGGGCACAAUCAUGAAGGUCACCUCCACACCAGCUAUUACCAGUAUAGCCUCGGCAUCCUGGCACUGUGUGUCCACCAGAAGCGGGUCCAUGACAGCGUGGUGGGCAAGCUCCUGUAUGCUAUUGAGCAUGACCACCAUGUCCGCCAGGGCCACCUCUCUGUGGACACAGAAGCCAUGGCCGGCUUGGCCUUCACCUGUUUGGAGCGUUUCAUUUUCAAUCCUGAUCUGAGACCACGAAUCACCAUGGCCAUUGAGACAAUUCGAGAGAAGAUCCUGAAGGCCCAGACCCCUGAGGGCAACUUUGGGAAUAUCUACAGCACCCCACUGGCAUUGCAGUUUCUGAUGAUCUCCCCUGCUUCUGGGGUAGGACUGGGCACAGCAUGCCUCAAGGCAAGGACAUCUCUGCAGACCAGCAUACAGGAUGGGGCCUUCCAGAAUCCUCUGAUGAUUUCCCAGCUGCUACCUGUCCUGAACCACAAGACCUACCUGGAUCUUAUCUUCCCAGACUGCCAGGCACCCAGGGCCAUGUUGGUACCAGCUGUUGAGGACCCUUCAUCAGCCCACAUCCCAGAGGUCAUCAGUGUCACGCUGAAGGUCUCCAGUAUCCUGCCACCAUACAAACAAACACUUUUUGUCCUUGCUGGGUCCUCCUUGGAAGAUGUCCUAAAGAUGGCGCAAAACAUAGGAGGAUUCACGUAUGGGACACAGUCCUCCUUGUCAGGCCCCUACCUGACAUCUGUACUGGGGAAAGAAGUUGGGGAUCGAGAAUUCUGGCAGCUCCUCCGGGGACCCUGACACCCCUCUGCUGCAAGGCAUUGCUGACUACAAACCCCAGGAUGGGGAAACCAUUGAGCUUCGGCUAGUUAGUUGGUAGCCCUGGGCUCCCUCCUGAUGUCCUUGGACCCUGCUGCCACCUCAGCCGUACUUGGAGCAAUGUCCCCCAGAUCACCUCAACUAUCUCCACAAAGAGGAUCCUGAGCCACUGCCUACUUGGAAGCAGGAAGGAAAAAACCUCCCCUAGGCAGCUGCUAGUUUAAGUCUAGUCCUGCCUGACCCCAGGCGUCUUUCAUCAACAGGCUGCCCUUGACCCCCUCUGAUAAGAAGUCUGUGGGCCUCAGCAGGGCCUUCCAACAUAAUUAAAGCCUUGAUUUCCCUUGCA